AUGUAUUCUAAUCUCUACAUAUUGUUUGCAUUCAUGGGUUUCAUUAUUGGCUCUUUUGUACUAUUUUUCACAAUCAAUGUCUCUAAAGCUCGACUUGGAACACGAAACAAUACGAAAGUAUAUGUAAUCGAUUUGCCACCAAGAUAUUCAGAAGUGGAACCACCACCAUAUGACUGGGUUUUGAAGCAUCGUUAUCUUGAAGAUUAUUCAUCUAAAAUGCAUAUGACAUUAAAUUUGUCAACGGUGAUGGUUAUCUGCAGCUGUUUAGUACUUUCAUAG